AUGGCCUCAGGCCUUCCACCCAACUUUCUCUACAGCACCGUCGGAGCGGUCUCAAUUGGGUCACAAGUCUCGAUGUUCCUCUUCGGCAUCGCGUCACUGCAAACAUACAUGUAUUAUCAGCGCUUUCGGGACGACAAGUGGUAUCUCAGGCUGACGGUGGCUGCAUUGUGGGUCCUUCAGCUCGGCCAUUCAGUAUGCGUCGUCGGAGAGGUUUACAAAGCAACGGUAGUGGACUGGGGGGAUCGCACCGCGCUCUCCCGUUUACCCUCACCCUUCCUCAAAUCAGCUAUCGCCGCCGCCGCAACCAUCACCUGGAUAGCGCACACCUUCUACGCCUGGCGCGCAUGGUGCCUACUCCCCGGCCUCUGGCGGUACCUCGGUCCCUUCGCCGUCCUGGUAACGACUCUGCGGUUUGCAGGGUCGACAGUCGUAGCCGUCAAGUACUUCCAAUCGAGAAGUCACUUUGAGGCGAUGGCGGCGUGGGGGUGGCUGGUCAAGACUAUCAUCGCCGCUGGAGCAGUUAUUGAUCUCAUGCUCGCCGUUGCGAUGGUGUACUUCCUGCAUCUGCAGCGUAGGAGGAUUUUGAAGAGGUCGAUGCGGUUCAUCACUCGGCUGAUGCACUAUACGAUAGGAACCGGUCUAUUGACGAGCAUGGCUGCAAUUGCGUUUGUUAUUGGGAUGAGUAUCGAGAAACGGACGACAUACUGGGUGGCCAUCUUCACCUGCCAUGCGAAACUGUACUCUAACAGCGUCCUCGCAUCACUCAACUCCCGCGAAGCCCUUCGCGCGAUGUGGAGGGAAUGGGAAACCAUGGGCGACCUCUCAGCCACUCCCGGGGUAAUCUCCGAGACACAACUGCAAGCCGUAGCGCCCAGGAAGAGCAUCAGCAACGAUGUUACCUUCAUCACGACGGCGAUGAAGACGUCGUCUAGGACUAGUAAUUCGAACGUCGAUGAUCGCGCUAGUAUGGGAUACCAAGAUGAAUUUGGCGACCUCGAUACGAAACCACCGACUAUGCGGGGCGGAGAUGAUUGA